AGCAGGGGGCGGAGCCACAGGAGGCUGAGGGAUGCUGAGGCUGACACCGAGGCUGUUUACCAGGACCAGCACAUCGGGUCAGAGCACGUCCUGCGGUCCGGACCGACAGUCUGCGUCACUCCCGGGACCGGUUCGAGCUGUCCUCGGGACCGAGAGGCCCAGCAGGCUGGAGGCUGAGGCCCGGGCUGAGGAGGUGUCGUGACGCUGGAGGAGGAGGAGGAGGAGGAGGAGGAGGUGAUGCUCCGUGUUUGGACCGGCGAACCGAGCCGUUCUCCCUGAAACCUGAUAUUAUGCAGGAAGCCAGGGGAACCGGACCGAUCCAAGGCAGGGAACAAAGAACCGGUUCUGAACACGACUCACAAACUGGCAGUUUUUGCCAACGAUGGUUGACCCGUCGGAGGCUGAGGAGCAGACUAAAUGUAAAGGCUCACACCUGGACGCACCGCUCGUGGCCCCCGGAGACCCUCGACAGCCAGAGCAGGCUGACGGUGCAACAACAGAAGAGGAAGGAGAUGCCGGGUUUGAGACCCCGCCCUCCGAGCCCAGCCCCCGCCACACUGCGUCGGGGCCGGAGGUCACAGCACCGGCGCCAGCACCGGACACAGACCCAUCCCCCAAACUGCACCUGGACCUGUACAACUUCGACUGUCCGGCGGCAGAGGGCAGCCGCUACGUGCUGACGAGCCCCCGCUCUCUGGAGGCGUGUGCUCGGUGUGGAGUCAAACCUGUGGAGCUGCUCCCCCGGCUGCUCGCUGACUUCAUCCGCGAGGCGCCGGGCCGCUCCAUGCGCGUCGCCACGGGGCUGUUCGAGGUCUACGAGAGGGACAGACACGGCAAACUGAGGCAGUGCAGGGAGGAGAGGGAGAGGAUCGUUAGAGAGGAGAAAAGAAGGAUUCUGCAGGCGGCAGUCAACAGCAGUGCUCCUUCUGCCUCUGUGGAGAAAGGCUCAGUCGGCUUUAGUCUACCUCCCAAAUCUGGACCAGCAUCCACCUGCUCAGUCCCUGAUGGAGGGGGUUCCUCUAAAGCUGCGUCAUCAAGUCCAGCACCUAGAGCAGGUGCUAAAGACCACAACUCUCUGAGUACCUCCCCCAAAUCUGCCCCCUUUUURAAAUCAAGUUCGCCUGUUUUCAAGGGUGGUGUUCAAGGAGCUGCCAAACCUGCAAAGUCCCAUGAACAGGUCAAAACCWCGAGACCACCAUCAUCUGGACCCCCACCAGUGGUCAAGAAGUCCACUGGUGGUAAGACCUCCAACACCUUCCCCAGAUCAACACCCAAACCUCCUUCCUUUCCCAGAGCCAACUCCACAUUAARGUCAUCGGGGUCCAAGCCCGCAGCUCAGAGCCCCAGCACACCUGUGAACGGGACGUCCAGAGGGCUGUUCUCACAGCACAACGGACAUCUGGGCCUUCAUCUGAAGAUGAGAGGGAGGAGCCACUCACUGGAGUCUCUGCAGCGAAGGAUGGAUCCCGUCUGCUCCUCCACCUCCACAACAACAACYACAUGCACCUCCUCAGAGUCAGGAGCCUCCUCCUCCUACAGCUGGGACGGCGCUCGAGAUCACUGGGCCAAGUUCUGCAGUCCUCGAGCUCGCACUCUGGCCACGUUCAACUCGCUGAUGGGUCGAAGCCUGAGCRUGGGCGACCUGAGCCACUCCCCUCAGACCACGCAGAAGGUGGAGCGCAUCGUGAAGGAGGUGAAGCGUCGAGGUCUGAAGGCCGUGUCGGAGCGGGACCGUAAGAUCGCAGCGUUGAUGCUGGCCCGGUACCAGGAGGAGGACAUCAUGAGRCAGACCCGCUACGUGGCCCACCUGCAGUGGGACAGCGAGCGCAGGAUGGAGGAGCUGCGGCGCGAGCAGGAGGACAGGGAGAAGCAGCGCGCCGUGCUGCAGUGUCAGCGCGUGUGGCACACGCAGGUCUUCAUACGGCAGCAGAGGCUCAGCCUGCAGGAGCGAGAGUCGGCCACGGCCCGGCUGCGACAGGCCGAGGAGCACGAGGAGCGCUGGAGGGAGCUGGCAGAGCAGCAGGAGCGCAGUCGCCUCCUCAGGCUGCAGCAGGCCGCGCGAGAGGAGAAACACAAAAAGUCUCUUCAAGAGCAGAACCUGAAGGCCCUGGAGGAGGAGAGGGCUGCCGUGCUGGAGCAGGAGAGGCUGCUCCUGAAGGAGAAGCUCACCAUGGCCGAGCUGAAGAGGCAGGAGAAGGAGCACCAAGCCCAGGAGGAGAGGAGAGGGCUGAACAAAGCCGAGAAGCGCCGCCACGCCGCCCUGAUCCAGGAGAUCGCACGCAGAGAGCAGGAGGAGCGGGACGAGGCCAGGAGGGCGGCGAACCAGAAGCUGAGCCGCUCCCUGGAGAACUACGAGCAGAUCGUGGAGCGCCGAGGCCAGGAGCUGAAGGAGAAGGCCAGGCGUGAGGAGAACCAGAUCCAGAGAGCACGCAGAGCGGCGGAGAGGCGCGAGCGGCAGCAGCAGCAGCUCCUGGAGUCACGCGUCAGGGAGGCGGAGAAACGAGCACAGCAGGCAGCGCUGCAGGCCGAGGAGAAGGCCCGGGACAAGGCCAAGCGGGCCGUCCAGAACCGGCAGGAGAAGGAGAGGCUCCAGAAGCUGAACAGGCAGCGCGUGGAGGAGGAGGAGAGGCUGAGGCGCCUGGAGCUGCUGCAGUCCAUCGAGAGGAAGCUGGAGAAGAGCGAGCAGAUCUUCAGGGAGAAGAAGGCGGUGCUGGAGAGUGCUCGCUCCGUGGCCCGGGCUUCCUUCCARGUCAGAGACAAGGUGAGGGAGGAGACCAACAUGCGCACCUUCGAUAAGAUGGCCCUGGAGGCUCAGCUCAAAGCCAGUCUGGAUGAGAAAUAAACCCAUCGAACUCUUUAUGACGGCCUUCAUCACUCAGCAGGGCUCCUCUUCCUCCUUCACAGUGAUUUUUACCUUUCAUCUCGUUACCCAGAACAACUUUCAUCAUACUCUGACCAUUGUUAUUGUAGAUWCUUAACAAACAGACGUUUUGUAUCAUUAAGACAACAAAACAUAUCAGGUUUUAGUCAUCACCAGUAAAGCCUGUCGCUCUGACGCUGCUCUUGGCAGGAACAACACUCCUCCACCUGUCGUUUAUUUACCUGGGCUUCAGUUUUCAGUCAGCCGACAGACAGCUGUGCUGGAAUGAAGAGAGUCUCUGUGACUCUGGAAGCACAACUCCAUAACAACUACAGAGGCUUUUUGAGGGCCAAUAGCUCCAGGUCGCCAAAGCAAGUGGCCACGCCCUUCUGUGGGAACACAGCGUGGAAAUACAAAGCCCGAGGCUGGAAACGUGCUGACUCAGCAGAGGACUGCAGCAGGCCUGACUCUGCUCUUCUUCUUCACCUUCGAUCACUCUGACAGACACUCCACACUGGGCUGGACCAUCACCUCUYCUCUGUGAGCAUGUCUGAGUCGACCUGCCACAGCUGAUACCAUCCCAACGUUCACUAGUCCUGGUGAUGACUGGGAGCAGACGGUGGAACAAACCUCCAAAUGAACUUCAUCAGAAUUCAACCAGACUUUCCCAUGACUCAGAUAUGCCCAUGUCAAACACACAGACACACAAGUUUGUAUUUCUAUCCUUAUUAGGACCGUUCAUUGACUUUCAUUAGUUGUUUCUAUAGCCUAAACCUGAGCCCUUAAACCUAAACUAAACUUAAUCCCCAACACAAAACUGGAGUUCCACCAUGUUAGUCUUUGGUCCCCAAARAAAUGYCUGAUCUUGACAAGGUAGGUGUGUACCAGAAACGGUCCUAGAAGGGUAACAGACACACACACACACACACACACACACACACACACACACACACACACACACACACAACAUUACAAUCAGUUCUGCAGAAAAAGAAGCUCAGACAAAGCACCUGUUAUGAACAUUUAAAAGCAGCUUUAUUAGCUUGGCAGCACGUUGCCAGUUCUUCAUGUUCCUUCUUUCCUUCURACCGUGUGGGUUUGAUUUAUCUGUCAUUUCUGCUGUUGACUUAUUAAACAUUUGUACAUUGUGACAACUUGCUUCCUUCUUACAGUUAUUACAGAAAGAUUUAGACAUCACGUAGUGAAGUGCUUCCAUUUAAGAUCACUGUUCUCAACAACUCUUCAAUACAAGAAGGAAUGAGCAAAAAAUCAAACGUUUAAUAAAACAAACUAAUUUUCA